AUGAUUUGGACUGCGGCUCUCCUCAUUGUCGUUUCUUAUGUUCAUUCAGAGGACUACUGUUACGAUGAGCCACAUUGUGACCCUUAUGCAUGGGGAGACAUGUUCCCGUCUUGUCACCCUUUACUUGAAGAGCAUCACUCUCCCAUCAACCUGGACCACCAGAUGACCAGAAACGAGUCUCUGGAAUAUUUACAUCUAGAGGGCUUCGAAGAGAUCCAGACGGGACACUGGACGCUUAAAAACGACGGACACUCUGUCGUGCUACAGGUUGGCGGCGGCAUGUCAGUGAGCGGUGGAGGUCUUCCAGAUGUGUACCACACCAUCCAGCUGCACUUCCACUGGGGAGGCCCGGCCACUAACGGAUCAGAACACACGGUGGACGGACGCAGAUACCCGAUGGAGAUGCACGUAGUCAACAUGAAGUCCAUUCAUCCGAAUCUGACGGCGGCGUUGGACGAUCCCACAGGACUCGCUGUUCUUGGAUUCUUCAUUGAUGUUGUUUAUGCAGACAAUGUGCACUUUGGACUCAUAUCACAAAAGCUGUCCUCUGUCGCUUACAAAGGCCAGACCGCUAAAAUCAAGCCAUUCCCACUGAUGAACCUUCUGCCAAAGAACAACAUGAGUCAGUAUUACCGUUAUUACGGCAGCCUCACCACCCCCCCGUGUUCUCAGGUGGUUGUGUGGACUCUGUAUGAAGUCCCCGUCUACAUCUCAUGGUCCCAACUGGCUCAGUUUACCUCACAGAUCUUCUCCACAGAGGAGGACGCAGAGCAGGUGACACCUCUGCAGAAAAACUUCAGACACAUCCACCCCACGUUCAGUCGCAUCGUGUCCGUGUCCAAAGAUGCCAAACUCCUCACAGGGACGGCCAGUCGCCCCCUCAUGUCAGCUGUGUCUCUGCAUCUGCUUCAAAUCAUUUUGCUGGGAAGCUUCAUCAUCUCUGGACUUUAACGCCACGUUAAGUCCAAAUCGUGAAAAACACCGCAACAGCAAACAAAGAUAGAUGCAUGUUUUCACCACUCACUUUACUCCACAAUGACAUUUAGAUGAGCAAAGAACAAAUAUAUAUGUUUUAAAAGAAAAACUGUGAAGAAAUGUACUGUAAAAUGUUGAAUUGUUACUAAAUGUAUUUUCAUGAGUGUGCCCUGCUGUCUUUGCAGGAUUAACUCCAUUAGUGCAUUCAGAAAUGUGAUCAAAUAUGUCUUGUUACUAACAGUUUAAAAUAAUGUGAA